CAGCAUCAGUGUGUGUGAACGUGUAUCGAGAGAGAGAGAGUGCUAGACAGGGAGGAGAGGAGAACAGAGGACAGUUGGCUACACUGCUCAAAUGCAGUCGGAGGUUGGGAGGCGAGGAGGAUGAGCGAGCGUGGGGGAAGGAGAAGAGACAAAGGGAGAUCACAGCGCUGAUUUUGUUCCAGGGAAAACGAGGGAAGAGGAGGAUCUACACGGAAACAAGAAAGCAAGAAAAGCCCAACCAUGACUCUGUCAUUUUUUUAGCCAGAGGAAGCAAGUCAACGGAUAAACAGCCAGAGCUCCUUUUCCUCUGUCAGGGAGGGAUCAGAGGGGGAGAAUUUCACAUGAAUAUAAAAGCUCGUUUUUAUAUAUUUGAUUGAUUUUUAUUUAUUUUUUAAAUAGCUGCUUAGUACUUUCAGCAUUUUGUGUUCACUUUUUUCUUCAGCAUCCUGAGAGAAAUUAAACAGGAAGGAAAUCAGACUUUCUUUCUUUUUUCUGUUGUGUGUUUUUUGUAUUUCUUUUGUUUGUUUGUUUAGUUUAUUUAUUUAUUUUUGUGUCUAGACCGUUCAGACUUCACUCCUCUCAUUAUUAGUGUUACUUUACAGCUAAUAUGCAGAAAAUUCAGGUUUUUAAUAUGCAAAAGUUUUCUAUGUUAAUGAAUUAGUUUAUUGCUCCGUGGUGUUGCAGACACAUCGACAUCGUGCCGAUUGUAACUGUUGUUUUUGUUGCAAUGUGCUGCUCGAGCUGGAAGAGUGUGUGCGUGUGUAUUCUUGAGCAAUAUCUGAUUUCCUCAUUGGAUUGCUGCCCUAACGGAGUCUGUGUCUCUCUCCGCGAGUGUCUGGUGCUCUCUUCAUUGACAUGUCAACAUUGAUUAACUUUAGAGAGACACAGACGGUGGCGGGACUCGUGGCAUUGCGUUCGGCAGACUAUUGAUCGCCAGCGAGCACGUAUUAACUCGCCGCAAGUGUGUGUGUGUGUGUGUGUGUGUGUGUGUGUGUGUGUGUAAAGUCUCUCGAUCGUCCGAUUAUCCCGAGCCCCGGCUGACAGCUUGCGUGUUGGCGGAACUCGCCGCCUUCUGUUUGGGUUCCGUCAAGGUUUCGUCUGGCACAAAUCUGUGCUGCCUUCUGUCACCAUGGCAACAAGCUGGCAACCGUGAAGUCUAACAUUCGCUGAUUCAAGUUGCUGUAAACUUUUAAGGUCAAUCUGUCUCGCACCGUUUAGAUGAGAGCCAAUGAGCAGAUUCCAAGGUGCUUUAAUUUUAAUAUUUUUUAUUUUUUUUCCGUCUGUCUGUCUUUAAAAGACAGGAUUUAGACCGGAUCGCAAACAUUUCGUCUCCGAGUCGACUACAGAGCAGUGAUUACUUGUGAUGGUGUUAAACUCAGGUUUCGUUUUCACUCUAGAGUGCCAACAGCAUCUAUUCCUGCUAGCAGAGGUUUGUGUAGGCAAGAGGUUGUGACUGCUUAUUAGCCAACAUUCUACUCAACCUGUCAAACAAGCUGCUCUUUAUGCUAGCGAUAGCAUUCAAACGACUUUCCAUCCGUGUGCUCUUCAUGCUCCCGUGAAGCAAAACGCCACUUUAUUCACUUGCAGUCUCACAUUCUGAGACCUUAUACCGGCACUUUUGCUCUGUUACUUCUCUUACAACAGCUGGCAUACUGGGUCUUCAUCCACCUUAACCUUGUUAACCCAUAAAGCCACUAUUUUAUCUCGGAACAAGGAUUCUGCCAUAUUCUCGACGAACAGGUGCUACAUCCGAGGUGCUGUGGUUCGACACUGUUCAAUGCUCGGCUCUACGUACUGUUUCUCUAUGUUUUUGUAAAAUGAUCGUUAAGUAUAUAACCCCCAUUAUUAUUAUUACGUGUUUGUAGUCGGUUACAAACCACAGACACGAUUUGUCACCGAUCUUUGCACUGGUUUGUGUGUGUGUGUGUGUGUGUGGAUUAUAUCGUCCAUGAAUAGUCCUGCUCACGCUCCAGGACUGCAUCAAGUCACAUCACGUGCCGUGUAUUUGUAAGCGUUGGUGCAUUUAAUCAACUCUCAGUGAGGUCCUAUUAGCGUUAGCACUUAGCGGACCUCUUUAGAGCUGCACUGAAAAGACACUACAGGCUUAGUAACAAGCUUGUUCAACUUUAUUACACUCCAUAGCAACACCAGAGCACUCCUAGAGAUCACAUAUCACAGGGACUUCAAGGUUCUAGGGGAAGCGGACACGCCGUCGCGUGGACGUCCAUCUCUGUUGUUUGACUUGUACCGUCCUCUAACGACAUCGGAGGAGAAUCGAUAUCACUGAUUAUAGCCAUUGGUGCUAUGCUCAAACAAUCCGACUGACAAAUCUGUAGGUUAUUAUUUCAGAAAUCAGUCCGAACCGACGCUUUGGACGUACUGUUUAAGCAGGUGCUUAACGCUUUCCUAAGGGAACGAGGAAAGCUUCCAAGGACACGACUGUCUUUAGAGUAAGAGUAGAAACCAGUUAGCUGAUUUCUGAAGCAAGGAUACUGUUAGUCACCGAAAGUGCUUCUGAGGUUUCGGUCAUUUAUGCAGUGGACUAGGACUGUGGGACACUAAAUUUUCACAACAGCUUGUAAUUAUAGACUGUUGUUUCUUUUCCGGAGGUGUUUAUGUGAAGCUCCUGCUUCCUUGUACUACAUGGUUUUUUUUUUCCCCCCUCAGGAAACCGAUUGAUUAAGACCCGUGCCGCUCAGAUGCGAGGCGGCGUUUAGGAUAAUGAGCGACUGAUUGAUUUUUCCGGUCCGCCCCUUAACGAGUCCAGAACUUUGGUUCGAGCCAAUCAAGUCUCAUUAUGGUCACACUGACUAUCUGAUGAUGGGAAAUUGUGAUUUUUCCAGAGGUUGGAAGGUGACAAACUGUAUAACUUAGCUCACACCGAUAUACAAAGUCACUAAUGGUGCUCUAUUUGCGUAAUCUUUUAUAAUAGCCAUAUUUUGAUCUGAUUUCUAGAACAGUAGUGGAUCAGUUUCAGGGCUCUCUGGGAUUAGUUUACCUUUUUCUAAAUCGGUCAUAUUUCUAGGUCUGUUAUAGUCUUAGCAAUCUAGCUAUGUAACUUGGGGUUUGUUUGUUUUGUUUUUUUGUUAUUGUUAAGGAAUCCGGGUUAUUGACUAGCAAGAAACAAUCAACGAAAGUGAAUAUUUGAAAAUCGUUGUAGUUUUUAACCAAAAGGAAGGAGGGACAAAGUGUCAGCCUGGAGAACGGGAAAGAAUACGUGGGCGGGGGAACGGGGGAGAGAGAGAUCAUCUGGAAGAAGCGGGCUAGCGUGAUCGAAAGAGAGCGAGCGAGGGAGCGAGAACGAGAGGAGGAGGAGGAGGAGAGGAAGAACGGGGCCCAGUAUACAGUCUGGAGGUUAAGGGAGGGAUUCCAGAGGAGGGAUAGAGAAGGGGAACAACUAAAGGGAGAGAGUUCAGAAGGAGCACGAGAACCUCAGCCAGAAGUGAUUUGGAAGAGACGAGAGGAAGAAGAGAGAGAGGAUACAGCUGGAAGACAGGGGACCCAGAAUCAUCUGGAGAAAAAAGGAGAGAGAAGGAGAAGACAUGAACCGGCUGGGUGUCGCGUCUCGGAGGGCCCGUGUGGAAGGGGGGCAGCUCGGGGGCGACGAGUGGACGCGCCACGGCUCCUUCGUCAACAAGCCCACGCGAGGAUGGCUGCACUCGGACAAUGUGGUCAGCACCACUGGCGUCAGCUACACCGUUAGGUACAUGGGUUGCGUGGAGGUGCUGCAGUCGAUGAGGGCGCUGGACUUCAACACCCGAACUCAGGUUACCAGGGAGGCAAUCUCAGUGGUGUGUGAGGCAGUACCAGGUGCCAAAGGAGCUCAGCGCAGGAGGAAGCCUUCAUCUCGGUGUCUGACCUCUAUCCUCGGGAAGAGUAACCUCCGCUUUGCUGGAAUGACAAUCAACCUCACUGUGUCGACCAACAGCUUAAACCUACUGACGACCGACUGCAAACAGAUUAUUGCCAACCAUCACAUGCAGUCCAUCUCUUUUGCAUCGGGAGGAGAUCCAGAUACAGCGGAAUAUGUAGCCUACGUAGCCAAAGAUCCUGUCAACCAGAGAGCAUGUCACAUCCUGGAGUGUCCUGAGGGCUUGGCCCAGGAAGUGAUCAGCACCAUUGGACAGGCCUUUGAGCUGCGUUUCAAGCAGUAUCUGAAGAACCCCCCAAAACUUGUCACACCACAUGACCGGAUGGCUCCUUUCGAUGGCUCAGCAUGGGAGGAGGAAGAAGAGGACUUUGCUCCUCCCACAGACGUACCAUACUAUAAUAAUUUUCCCGGGAAACAGCCGCCCCCAGGAGGCCUGGUGGACAUGAGAACUCGUCCUGGGCACAGCACAGGAGCCACACUACCGUACGGUCAGCCUGGAAUAAAUGACAUCCAUAAGCAACCUCUGCCUCCACUACCAGUUGGAGCAAAAGAAGGUGGUCUGUUUGAUGACCCGUCAUAUGUCAAUGUGGACAAAUCCCGCCCCCAAGUGGCCGCAGCUAAUGGCAGCACUCACCGAGAUGCUUUCGACAUGAAGCCGUUUGAUGAUGCCCUGAGCGUGUCGGGUGCGAUGCCCCCUCUGGCUCAGCAGCUGCAGAGUGAGCCCUGGUUUCACGGUCCUCUGAGCCGCAAGAAGGCAGAGAAACUGCUGAGCAAAGACGGUGACUUUCUAGUGCGCGAGUCAGGAACCACGCCAGGCCAGUACGUGCUGACAGGCCAGCAGGGAGGCCAACCCAAACACCUGCUGCUGGUGGACCCGGAAGGAGUGGUCCGUACCAAAGACCAUCGCUUCGAAAGCGUCAGUCACCUGAUCAGUUAUCACAUGGACAACCGACUGCCGAUCGUAUCCGCCGGAAGCGAGGUGUGCCUGCAGCAGCCGGUGGAACGCAAAGCCUAAGCGUCACACACACUGUUCUUCUCCCGCCAUGGUGUCUCCUUCCUUCUCAAACUCUAGCAAUUCAACUUUUCCCCAGAGAUUUUCUCGCUUUUUUUUUCUCCCCUGCAGAAAAAAUGAGCAACAUAAUAAAAAGUAACAAAAGCGAGCUCUGUGCUUCGUCAAGCCAUAAGGAAGCUUGGAAGUGAUGCGAUCACUGGACUUAUGGACCAAGAGAAAUUCACAGCCUUCAGAUUAAGCUGUAAGAAUAAAAGUGAGACUUCAAUGGGAGAAAAAAAUGAGCCAAAAAUAGAAAAUACAACAGACUGUUGUGCAGCUGGGUUCGGUGUAACGUGAUGUCACUUCCCCAACAAAGUUAAGCGUGAGAUGUCUGGGAAUCAAAGACGCGAAAGACUGUAGGUUGGUUUCAGUAAAUCGUUCAUUCGUUCAAUCUCAAAGCGCUGCUUUGUUCAUGCAGAAUCGUCGCGUAAAGAUCCGACGCAUAGCCGCCGACGCCGAGGUCACGGAGUAGAUAAACAUUACAGUAGUGGGAACUCAUUCAGCUACUUGAUUUAGUAGAGUCAUUCGAAUUAACAUGUUCUUCAGGAUAAACCGGAUCCAACAGGUAGAUCAGUUUUAAGCUCCUACCUGGAAUCGGGCUUGAAAUCCACCCGAGUUUUUCCUACCAAACUCCCAUUUAAAGUUUGGGAGUGUUUCAAGACCACAUAUCAUUCUAUAUGCAAAGAGGAAUAAAUUAUAUUCUGUAGAUUAUAGAUAUAAUGAAGUUACAAAGAUGUAAACAAAAAAAAAAAAAAGAGUAACACAUUUAUACUUGCAUCGAAACGGCAACGUCGUUAAGGAACGUCAUGGACUCCAGGCUUAUCAGGACUCAAACACGGUGGGGACUAAAGUCAGUCAUCCUGUUGUGUUGGUGAUGUCCUCUUACAGAUCACCUGUAUCAUGAACUCUUUUACAGGUUCAUGAAACUCAUGAACUUUUUUUUUUCUUUUCUUUUUUUUUUUUUUUAAGCUGUAUAUUUUACUUUUUAUGUGUUCGCCUUGACAAUCUGUCUCCAUGUGUGUUCGAGUUGAAGUUUAAAAAUGAUGAGACUCAAAAUGUGUGAGGAGACAAAAGAAACAAUAGGGACGCUACAUUAUAUAUGAUGCACAUUUCUGGACUCGAGGAACAUUCACUCCUAUUUUAUCACCUCUGUCCUAUAAUCAAGAAAAAGAGAACACACACACACACACACACACCAUCUUUUCCUGUUCCUAUUUGAAUUGUGCCUUUUUACUCAAACACAGCCAAGCCACAUAAUUAGGAUGCAGUUGAAGUAAAGAUGAAAACUCAACAACUUUA